AACAACUCUCUCUCUCUUUCUCUCUUUCUCUCUAUUCAAUAUGCAUGAAACAAUUGUAUAUUAAAUAGAUGGGCACAUAGAUCACUGAAAGGAAAAAUCAAAGGCAAGCCAGAGAUGGGUUUCUUGUACAAAGCAGUUCUGUUAAGCUUUGUGAUAAUAGGAGCUGUCUUUGUACAAGAAGCAAAAACUGAGCAUGCACGUUUGAAUGCAAAAGCCAAAUCGAAAAUCAAAAGAGGGAAGCUGGCCGCUGGAUGUAAUUUAUUUCAGGGAACGUGGGUAAUGGAUACUUCUAAUUCAUAUCCAUUGUAUCAAUCUUCAAGCUGCCCUUUUGUAGAUCCUGAAUUUGAUUGUCAGAAAUUUGGCCGCCCUGAUACACAGUUUCUCAAGUAUGUAUGGAAACCUGAUUCAUGUGACUUACCCAGGUUUGAUGGAGUAGAUUUUUUAAGGAGGUUUAAGGGGAAGAAGAUAAUGUUUGUUGGGGAUUCUUUGAGCUUAAACCAGUGGCAGUCUUUGCUCUGUAUGAUUCAUGCGUCGGUGCCUACUGCCAUCACUACCUUUUCCAAACAGGGUCUAAUCUCUUCUCUCUCAUUUGACGAUUAUGGAGUGGUUGUAUCUCUGUAUCACUCAACAUAUUUAGUAGAUAUCGUGAGAGAAAACAUCGGUAGAGUUCUGAAACUUGAUUCAAUCCAAGGUGGUGAUUCAUGGAAACUCAUGGAUGUCUUGAUAUUCAACACCUGGCAUUGGUGGAUCCACACUGGAAACUCUCAACCAUGGGACUAUGUUCAAGAUGGUGUAAACAUAUCAAAAGAUAUGGACCGUCUGAUUGCAUUUUCCAAAGGAUUGACCACAUGGGGAAGAUGGGUUGAUCAGAAUGUUGACACUAAUAAAACCAAAGUCUUCUUUCAAGGAAUCUCUCCAACUCACUACAUGGGAAAAGAUUGGAAUUUGGGAUCGAAGAACUGCAAAGGAGAAGAUCAGCCAUUGAGUGGUUCAAGUUAUCCGGCUGGAUUGCCUCCUGCAGCCAUUAUUGUGAACAAUGUCUUGAGAAAAAUACAGAAACCUGUGUAUCUUCUUGAUAUCACCACACUUUCGCAGCUGCGAAAAGACGCACAUCCUUCUAUAUAUGGUAAUGAUCCUUCCGGGAAUGAUUGUAGCCAUUGGUGUCUUCCUGGCUUGCCGGAUACUUGGAAUCAGCUCCUUUAUGCAGCUUUGAUUAUGUAAUUGUAUCAAUUGCAUCUUCUUUGAUUUCCCUUUUUUCUUUAUUGCAGUUCCAUCAUUAAUUAUCAAUAUUAGUACCUACUUACUAUAGGUUCAAAAGUAGAAUUGUAAAUUCAUUUUUCUUCAAAAACAUCAUUGAUUGAACUUGGGUUGUAAUGAUUGGUUGGUUUUUAUGUUUGCAUAAUAGUGCAAAACAUACUAAAGAAAAAUUAAGGUUUACUCAA